CUACUAACAAUUAAUUCUAAUUAAAAAAAUUAGUAUAUCUCAUUCCUCAUAAAUAAGAUAUGUAACUGAAAAAAUACACACAACAUCAUCUGACCUGCAAUCUUAUUGUUCCACAUCUAAACAUUAAAAUCCCAGAAAAAUAGGUAAAUAUGGAGGGAACAUUGUUUUCCCCAGCUUUGGAAGGAAUGAAGCAUGUCAAGUCUGAACAUGGGGAGCUGAUGACUAAGCCUUUCUUGGAAGUUUGCAAACUCGUAUUGCCAAUUCUAGAUAAAUUUGGAGCUGCUAUGACUGUGGUUAAAUCUGACAUCAAUGGAAAUAUAUCGAGGUUAGAAUCCAAGUAUAACGAUAACACGUCGAGAUUCAACUACUUGUACAGUUUCGUACAGGCAGAAGUCGAGAUAAAGACUGCUAAAUCUUCAUCUAGCUGUACCAAUGGUUUGCUAUGGUUAACAAGAGCCAUGGACUUCAUAGUGGUGCUAUUUCACAAUUUAGUUCAGCAUCAAGAUUGGUCAAUGUCCCAAGCUUGCAACGAUUCUUACGCCAAGACAUUGAAGAAAUGGCACGGAUGGCUUGCUAGUUCAAGCUUUACGGUUGCGAUAAAGCUUGCUCCAGAUAGGAAAAAGUUCAUGGAGGUUAUAGGUGGCAACGGUGACAUCUAUGGUGAUAUGGAAAAGUUUUGUACGACGUUUUCACCUAUACUUCAGCAAAUCCACAAAUUUCUGGCUAGUGUUGGCUUGGACGGUAUGAAAGCUUCAUGAUCAACUUCUCCAGUUUCAGCAUUCUGAAGUUCUAAAGUGUAGAUCUUCACUAUAUUUGUUGAUUCUAUUUUCAUUUUGUCCCAAUUUUUCAACAGCAUUGUUACUUCUCCCAAAUUUUCACUACAUCUGUUGCUUUUAUAUUCAUUUUUCGUCCCGCUAAAGUUUUAUGAUAUUUUCUGGCCAGCGUCUUACUCCUC